AUGGCAUUGGAAUUUCCCCUCCCCACAGCCCUGAUCCUGAUAGACAACCAAUCGAGCUUCUGCGAUCCAAAGACCAUAUCCAAUUGGGGCACCACACGCUCCAACCCGAAAUAUGAAACCAACCUCCAAGCACUUCUCUCUGCAUUCCGAGCUGCGAGAUCCUCAUCCUCAACGCCACUAGAGGUGAUCCACAUUUUUCACUCCUCCACAACCCCGGGAUCUCCGCUCCACCCUUCCAACCCUGAGGGUAUCCGUCCUCUAGACUUCGCCACCCCUGCCUCAGAUGGGUCGGAGCCUGUCUUUUGGAAAAGUGUCAAUUCCUCUUUCAUCGGAACUGGACUUGAAGCGCAUUUGCGUGAAAGGGGGUUCCGUCAACUUAUCAUUGCUGGAUUGACGACUGAUCAUUGUGUUUCAACUACCGUGCGAAUGGCGGCUAAUCUGGGGGUUGUGGAUCGGUAUCUUGGGGGUGGGCCCGUCCGCUUGAGAUCGGAUGGGACCCAUGAGAAUGAGGUGGAAGUUGAUAAGGGGCGUAUUGUGCUUGUCGAGGAUGCCACGGCUACCUUUGGAAAGGCUGGAAUUGAUGCGGAGACUGUUCAUAAGGUUUCUAUUGCUAGCCUUGAUGGUGAGUUUGCGGAUGUAUUUGCCACGGAGGAGGUUAUUGAGGCCUUGAGUAAGAUUUAA